AUGUCUAGAAGACCAGUGUUGGAAGAAGUAGACGACGAUGAGAUUGACAAUCUCGAUAUGGAUAUUGCAGAGUUCGAUCCUAACUUGAAGACUCCAGUGGCUCCAAAGAGACCUGAACCUACAAUUGUUCGUUCGCAAGACCAAAAUCAAGAACCACCCUUGUUUCCUCAAACACCAUUUGGAAAUGUUGCUCCUCCGUCCGCACAACAACAGUCACAACAACCUUCAACUAGAAGUAAUAUUCUUGAUCCUGAGAACUUUACUCCCGAACAAAAAGCCCAAUUUGAAAAGUUUCAAAUUAUAUAUCCAUGUUAUUUCGACAUAAAUCGUUCUCAUAAAGAAGGAAGGCGAGUCAGUAUUGACCGAGCAGUCGAAAAUCCGUUAGCUAUAACCAUAUGCGAUGCAUGCCGCGCAUUACAAAUCCCGGCAUUACUAGAAUUGGACAAGACGCAUCCUCAGGAUUUUGGCAAUUCUGGACGAGUAAGAGUAUUAUUGAAGGACUUCAAGAACGACAACAAACCCAUUGAUCCGAAACUUGCCACCAAGAGAAGUUUGUACAACAAGAUUGCGGAUUACUUGGCGGACCACCCAACAAGUUUAGAUAGUGUGGGUGCCAAGAGUGGAAUUGCCAUUCCUCCAGAUUUCCAAAGAGAUUUUAAAGUGGAGGAGAUUCCCAAGGUCAAGGGUUUUAGGAUGAACACGAUUGUUCCUAUUCAUUCCAACUUCACUAUGAAACACCCCAUGACCAAGAGUAUCUAUGACGUUGAGCCUGAGACUAAUGCAAACGCAAUUCAAAACAAGCCAAAUGUGCCAAAGGCACCCAAGAAGAAAAUAAUGAAAAUUCGUGGAUGA